AUGGUAGCGGAGCAGCAACCGCUCGCGUCCUUCUUCUGCCCCAUCAGCAUGGUACUGAUGACCGACCCUGUCUCCUGCUGCGAUGGCAACACUUAUGAAAGAUCCUCCAUCGAGACCUGGCUCCAGCUCCAUCCUUCCAGCCCUCUCACUGGCGCCUGCCUCCCUUCCAAGCAACUUGUUCCCAACUUCGCUCUCCGCAGCGCAAUCCAAGAGUGGAAGGAGCAACACGCG